AUGUUCGCGAUCAAGGGGAAGCUACUCGCGGCCCUUGGCCUCUGGCUCGGUUUUUGCAUAACUAUCGCAGCCGCGCAGGCGCAGAAUUCCCCGAAGAUCCAGGCGUCUCAGUCCGGAUCCAAAUCCGAGUCCGAAUCCCAGUCUUGGAAGCCCAUGCAGCCCCGGAAGCGACAGGCCAUCGUUAAGCUGGAUCCCCUGGGCUCGGCAGCAGCCAAGAGCUACGAUCCUCCGCCGGAGUUCUACCGGGGACCGGGUUCCUCCGCCUCCAGCUCAGCCUCCAAGUUGGACAGCACGGCAGCUGGCUUUAUAUCGAAGCCCAUUGGGGCGCUGCCUCCAGUUGGAGGAGGCUCAUCCAGCCAGGCGGAGAAUCUCAGCGAGGCCUACGAGAAGUGGAGGUUGGGCGGAAACAUUCACGAUCGGAUUAGCGUGGGUCACUACUCAAGUGGCGGCGGGAGUGCCGGAAAGAGCUACGCCUACGACAGCCACCCGUACGCCUACGACUACGGCUCCGCCAAUGGGCAUGGCUACGAGCCAGGACCUUCACAAGGACACGGCUACUCCGGGAGCGGCGAGGCGGGGGUGCCGUACCACGUGUACCGACCCCGGCCGGAUCCGGGCCACUAUCCGCCGGACUUCUCCUACUCCUACAGCUCGUACCCCGUCGACUCGCACGAGGUGCUCUCCCACAAGGGAUCGCCGGAACUGUCGCCCAAGGCGCUCCUGGCGAAGAGCUUCCUCAUUCCGCUGGCCAGCGCCACCGUUCUGGGCAUCGCCGCCGCCCUGAUCAGCAAUCCCCUCCUGCUCCAGCUGGCUCCCGUUCCCGUUCCCGGGAUCGGAGUCGGAGUCGGAGUCGGACCUCCAGUGGUGGGCAAGCGGAGGAGGAGAAGACGGGAAGCUGGGAAGGCGCCCCGGGAAACCUAGAUCAGUGAUCAGUGCAUUCAAAUUCUCUCCAUUUGGACAGUUUAUCAAUCAGGAAGUAUCGCAAUAUAUUACAUUUACCCAAAUUUAAGUUUUUAUUAGAUUCUUGUAUAGAUUACACGAUGUGAAUGAUUAUAUUCAAAGGACAGAUUGUUUAUUUAGUAAUUGCUUUAAAAGAACAAGAUAUACAA